CUCCCUUACUAUGUGGGUGGAAGGACGUUGUUUGGAUGCACCCAUUUUAAAGCACCGUCUGGCCUGCUACGACCACAUAAAGAUUCAACGGCGGAAAUGGAAGUUGAAGUUGAUCUCUGAUCUGGAAGCCAAGGUGGCAGCAGAACCGAUCCCACUCCCAGCAGACUUCUUGGAGCUAAAGGAGUUGGAAUACAGACCUGUCAAGGUCCGAGGGUAUUUCAUUCAUGACAAGGAGCUGUACAUCCUUCCGCGUUCAUUGGUUGAUUCAGAGAAAGAAGCCAGGGAUGCUGGCCAGCUGAUGUCCAAUCCUGAGAGUGGUGCCAAUGUCAUCACACCCUUUUACUGCAUAGACCUUGGGUAA